UUGGAUUUAGACUAGCUCCGAAGGACACCUUAUUAUCUUAGUGUUAACAACGCAGUAUUAACUUUGUAAUGUUGCAAAAGCUAUUUGAAGUGGAUUUUGUUUAAAAAGUAAUUGAAUUGCUGUGCCAUAAAAAUAUUGAUAGAAAUAUUGAAAUAUUUCAUAUUAUUUUAAAAAAAAAAGAGAGCUUUUAUAAUAUAAUGUUUUUAUGAGUAAAUUUCAAAUCUCAAGGCACUUAAAUAUUCACUAAAAACUUGUAGUUUUCAAUUCUGACUUCUAACAUUUAUUUAUUAUAUUCAUUUGGCUAACUGGCAAGCGCUUGUACAUAUAUGAAUAUGGUUAUUAAAAUCAAAUUGAGUUUGUGGCAGCUGCGAAUUGGAGUUGAAAAUGCCGCGACUGUAUAGAAUGUGUGUGUCUUUAUUCUUUGUGAGCGUCUGCUUUUCCCCCAACCCCGAUUUCAAGCCAUUUCCUGUUGCGUCUCUAGAGUUUCUGUUCUUGUUUUUUUAUUUUUUUGUAUUUUGUGGCAGAGGAACAACCGGUUUUUUUGGACCACAACAAAAGCACUCACUAUGACUAUGACUUCACUGUUUCUGUUUUUAUUUAUUUCACAGUAGGUUUCUUCGUUUUUUUCAUGUUUUUUUUUUUUUUUUUUGGGUGCGUAGGUCUGGGAUUAAUGCGUGCUCUUGGCUCAAUGAUGUCAUGACCCCGCCGCCGCCCAAAUUGAAUUUAUUUUCGGGGUUCCCAGCGGCAUAUUACGUGCCACGAAAGUGAACAAAAGCCCAACUUAGAUCAUUCUUUUCAAUAGAAUUUCGUUUUGCCAAGUGCGUUUUUUUUUUUAAACGAUGGGUAAUUGAAUGGCAAAUUGUUAAAGCAACUUGCAUGUCGAAAUUGGUUUUAUUUCAUUUUUAAGGGAUAUAUGUGUGUCAGUUGUCCAUUUAUUGUAUUUGUGUCUUAAUAAAGCGCAUAUAAACCUGGGUUUAUUUUUGAUCCCAGCCGCAUAUGACAUCAUUUGUGCGAAUCUGUGAGCUUGGAAGAGAGCAAAUCGGUAGAUAGAGCUGGAGUGACUAAUAUAUAGCUAGUAUGUAUAUAGAGCAAAAAAGAUUCGCAGCUUGAAAUACCUGGAAUUUGUUAUCGAUUUGGAGAAAGAUACAUAUAAGCCAAUUUAUCAUAAUUAGUUGUAUUGCCAAUGGCUGACUUGCAGACUUAAUUAAUUGAACGAGCCCAAAGAUAAUUAUACAUAUAUUUUGUAUUUAAAAUGAUUGCCCAUAUGUAGGUAAUGAAAACGAGAGCAUAGUAAAAUAUGCAUAUAUAUUGUGCAGAAUUAUCUGUGACUCGUAAUUUGUUAUUGAAACCAGAUGAUUGCAAAUGCAAGAUUGUUUAUUUAUAAAUAUUUACAUAUUCGCUCUGCGGAGACAUCUGGCUCAACUCGGGUUUGCUUAUUUAAUAACUUAUCAGCACACCGAUCAAUCCUACGAAUGUAUCUCAAAAAGUGGUGCUUUUGAUAGCUAUUUUGCAAUUGAAUUGAAUUGUUUUGCUUCGCUGUGUUAGCAAAUAUGAAUCAACAAGCUUGUAAUUUCCUCAACUUCAAAUCUUAUUCACAAAAGCAUUGUUUAUUUAAAGUCGCCAAGGAGCAGUCUUAUUUUCACCACUUGCUCUCAAGUGGAUGGGUGUGUUUUUUUUUUUGAGGCAUAUAGUAUUUUGUUCGUGAUCAGCAUUGGGCAAUGUGCGAGCUAUUGAGUGAUCUUGGAGCUCGGAUCCCGGCAAGUGAGUCAACUGCCAGCUAUUCCGCCGAUUACAUCACUGCACUGGCGACCCACUUGCCGCUUGGCCACUCGAUAUACUCGCAAAGUGGUGUAUUAUAAUGCGGAUCAUGUCCGUUCCGAUCCGUUCCGAGCGACCCAUCCGAUCUGGGCGGACCACACCCGCCUCUCCAUCGGAGCAGGCGUGCAAUCACGUUCGCCAAGUGCACUCACCAGUCAAAAUCCAACUACACCGAAAACAAUUCAAGCCUUUGAAUUUUUUUUUUUUUUUUUUCAAAACCAAUGAGCAAGUAACCGAAAGAAGCGGCUCAAUUUAAAAUUCAAUUGUAUGGAAUUGCGAAUGAAAGGUACAUGUUUUCCAAUUCAAUCAACAUCCGGUGGAAAGAGUGGCUAGUUUUUUGCGGUGCAGCCAGAUACAGCAGCUACCACGCUGACAUCAUCGUGCACAUGGCCAAAAAAAAAAAAAAAAAAAAAAAAAAGAAAAAAAAAUGCUGAGAAAUCUGGCACGCAUUACGCAUACGCCAUGUGCGCCAUCGCCGAAAGGUCGAUUGUUGCAUUGAGUAAACAAUGAAAUGCCGGCGGAAUGGUUAAUUGGUCUCUAGCUGUUCCUUGAUUAUCUUUGCUAUUUUCUUCUUAUUAGCUUCGUUUUUUUUUAUUAUUAUUUUUUUUUUUUUUUAAUUUUUUUCUUUUGUUAAGCGUUUUGCUCUGAGUGAACAUCAAUUGGGCAAAUAGUACGUACUGCUCAAAUAUUUGUCGCCAAGUCUCCGCGUUGUGAGUGCAAAUAGAAUGGUCGAAAGAUAAGAACAACCAACCGACCGACCGACCCAUUGUUUGCUUUCAUCGAAUUUCUCCGGCAACUUGAUCGUAAAUAUUUUUACGGGCUAAUAAAUGCUUUAACUGCAAAUCAGGGAGGCGCAUUUUGUGUUUAUUUUAUUGUUCUGCCAUUUCCACCGUUCUCUCGAAAAUUUAUUUAAUUGAUUUGUGCGUUUUCCCCCAACAAACCCCCCCCACCAACCAACACCCCCUUAAAAAGUCAAUGGCAUGUCAGGUGGGCAUAUAAUGAAUGGCCCAUACUAACAAUAUCAAUUGAAAAUAAAAUUGAUCUACGGCUUUUGGUGUUUUUUUUGUUUUUUUUUUUGUGGCUCGUUUCUGUCAGAGUGUGACUAUUUUUUAAGUACGUAUUUUUGCGGGGGCAUUUGCAACAAAUUACGAAAUUAAACUCGCUGCGAAUAUAGUUUGUAAAUAAUAAAACCAGGCAUCCCAGAAGUAAACAAGUCUUAGUCAUACGGAAGCACAUUUCAUAGUUCAGAUAAUUCGUGGAAAACUAAAAUACUAAAAACCACGAAAGGAUUUGCAGAAAAAGAAGGUUGGCCCAAAGCUCUCUUAAAUAUAUUUUAUUUAAGGUUAAUAUUAAUAUAGAAGUAAAUUUAAAGUUGGAAAAUUGCCUGUUUUCUUCGUUUUUAAUCAAGUGAAAUUGACAAAUAACCAGCAAUUUAUCUCCACUUUAAGAUUUCGCUUACUGAAUGGCUAAAAUAACAUAAAACAGUCUAUUAAUCAAUUACGCAUAAAUAGUUUGUUCAGCAUUUGCCCAAUGCUAAUGGCACACGAACAAUGCCGCUCCCCAAAUAAAUGCGUAGUUAAUGCGAUUUCGCCAUUAUUUUUGGUGUUAAUGUCGUUUUCGGGUUUAUUUUGCCCAUUUCCGAUUUUUUUUUAUUUUGGGCGUGACAAUUAAACAACAAAGAGGCCGCACAUAAACAUACAUAUAGAUAAAUAUUGGCUUCAGAAAUAAAUGGCGAAUGACAACAACAAGCGGUAAUUAUUGACACAGGAAGCGGUGGCCCCCCACUGAAAUAUAUACAAACAUAUAUGUAUGUAAUCCGCAGUUCUAUAAACAAAUUAUAUUCGAUGGAUGUGGAUGUGCCAUUUGUUUACUUUAGCUUUACCAUCCCGGAACCCUAAUGACCUAAUGACCCAUUAGUCGUGGCCUUACUGCAUUACAAUGUCCACAGGGCUUGGUCCUCCUGCAUCCUGGUGAACCCAAUUAGCGAACGCCACCCGCCUAAUUGAUUGAUUGCCCGCGGGUGUGUCGCACUUAGCGAUGGCCCACUGUCACAUUGUCACAUUGUCCGCCUGUAUUGCCACUCGAUGGCCCGUCAAUUUAUCGCCAUAAAACCCCAUAUCUGUCGCCCGGCAAUAUCGGAAUAAUUUUCACAUUUGAUAAGUGAAUGGGUGGAUGGGUUCGCAUUCUAAUUCCGCGACUUUUCACCCGCCCAUUUCCAUGGCGAUAAAUGUGAAGUGAGUGGCUUCUGGUGGCUCAAAAUGUGACAAGCCCAUUAAAUUAUGCAGUUUAUUUAUGACUUCGAUUGAAGAUCGAUGCGAAUUUCAGCAAAGCAAAAGUUUAUCGGUUUAAUCGGUUUACAAGUAAUCUUUACACUGUUGUGGGUUUAAUUUUUUGUAAAUUUAAAGAUCUAAAAUUUAUAUUUCCACUUGACCUGUUUGAUGCAAAAAUGGCUGGACUUUUACUGCGGAACUUCCGCGUUUUUUUUUUCAGCAGACAGCCAAAAACAGAAUGAAAAAGCAGAAGCAUAUGGUCUGAAAUUAAGGCCAUUAAGCACACGACGUGGUUAAAAUUAUCAGCCCGCCUUUUCCGACAGCUUUUGGUGUUGGCCAAAAGUGAUUAAUUUUGGUUUGAUAGGAUAGAGGCAGAAUUGAAGAAGAGUGUUCGCUAACUACCUAUAACUUUUAGGUGAAAGUUUUUAUAUUCUGGUAUAAACACAGUGAGCUCCUUUCUACUACAUUUAGUGAUUCCUCUAUGGAAUGCAACUCUCUAGAAGAUCUAUCCCAACUUUUGACUUUUCAGCUUGUCUGUCUGUCCGUUUUAUGUGUCCGUUAGUUUGUCCGUAAGUUUGUCCGUGAGUUUGUCCGUCUGUGAACUUGUCCAUCUCAAGAUUUUGAGCAUCGAGUCCUUAACUCGCAGGUCUUCAUCGUGACGAGCAUUAUCCUGAUCGAGAGCAUUUCGGACCUGACUUUCAUACGGCAGGCGUUGUUGGUCCAUGGCACCUUGAUGGGCUAUCUAAUCACCUGCUUUGUGAUAGCAACAGGUCAUGUGAGCGGCACUGCGGUGGACAAGCGCCUCGAUAUCCUCUUCUCGAUCGGUGGCUUCUUCCUCUUCGGGGCCGCUGGCACCAUUAUCCUGGCCCAGUGGCUGGGCUACUGCAAGUCGCAGGAGGAGAGGGAGGUGCUGCUGGCCUCCGGGAUUUUGAGUCUGGCCAAUGGCGCCAUCUUCGUGGGCGACAUUUUCGUUGUGUUGGCUUCCUAGCACUAAUAAAAUUUAAUAAAAUUCAAACUUAAAUUGUGCCAAGGGUUACAUUCAUUUGUGGAAGCUUCAAACAUGUGCAGAAAAUAAUAAAUGUAUCAACCAUAAAUCCAUUUGUGUUAAAAUAGCUUCUAAGUUUCGAAUCUUGGGAUUCCCAGAUUUUGGUUAAUAAUAAUCAGUAUUUUGUCUAUAAAAUUGGAAAUAAUUGUCCAAGUAUGGAAUGUUAUACCUCGUUAAGUUUGUUUUUU